UUGUUGGAGAUGCUAGCUCGUCAUUCGUCCGCUAAAACACUUCUCAAUCCUCCGAAAAACCUAAAUCGUAUUUUCAUUUCCACUCCAAAGAUUUUUGUCUGCCUCCAAUUCGCCAUUGUUAGCUCUCUCUCUCUCUCUAGUUUUCUUCACAACGGAUCUUAUGGCUGAACUUGAUCAAAGUUUUGGUGAACAUGAUAUGGAUGGAAUGCCUGAGAACUCACAACCUGAACAAAAACAAGGACAUGAAGAUGAUUUGGCCAUUGGAGGCGGUGAAAAAAGGUGGCCUGGGUGGCCAGGAGAGAGUGUAUUUCGAAUGUUGGUUCCUGUGCAAAAGGUUGGUAGUAUCAUUGGGCGCAAAGGAGAGUACAUAAAGAAAAUGUGUGAAGAGACAAGAGCUCGCAUUAAGAUUCUUGAUGGUCCUCCAGGAACUGCUGAAAGAGCUGUUAUGGUGUCUGCCAAGGAGGAGCCUGAUGCUUCUCUUCCUCCAGCUGUAGAUGGCCUACUGAGGGUUCAUAAACGCAUCGUUGACGGGCUGGAGAGUGAUUCUUCUCAUGCUCCACCGGGUCUGGGAGCCAAGGUUUCAACUAGGUUGCUAUUGGCAGCUGCUCAAGCAGGAAGCAUAAUUGGAAAGCAAGGAGCAACUGUCAAGUCUAUUCAAGAAGCAUCUAGUUGUAUUGUUAGAGUACUUGGGACAGAAGACCUACCCAUUUUUGCUCUUCAAGAUGAUAGGAUUGUUGAGGUAGUAGGGGAGCCUGUAGGGGUACACAAAGCAAUUGAAUUAAUUGCUACUCACCUGAGGAAAUUUUUGGUUGAUCGCAGUGUAAUUCCGAUGUUUGAAAUGCAAAUGCAAAUGCCAAAUCCUCAGAUGGAACAACACAUGGCUCCUCCCCAAUCCUGGGGUCCACCGCCCCAAGCUUUUCCUCCAAAUGCAGGUGGAGGACCUGGUUAUGGAGCUAAUCCUCAUUACAUGCCACCUCCUAGGCAACUUGACAAUUAUUAUCCACCGGCUGACAUUCAACCUCCACUAGAAAAACAGCCUCAUCAGGGUAUAUCUGCCUAUGGAAGAGAAGCUCCAAUGAAUGUGCAUGCCUCAUCCAAUUCUCAGCCAGCGCCAUCAGUGAUUACACAGGUCACUCAGCAAAUGCAAAUUCCACUAGCUUAUGCUGAUGCUGUGAUUGGUACAGCUGGUGCAAGUAUAAGCUACAUUAGACGUGUUAGUGGGGCAACUGUGACCAUACAGGAGACAAGGGGUGUUCCUGGCGAAAUGACAGUCGAAAUUAAUGGAACUGCUUCCCAAGUUCAAACGGCUCAGCAGUUGAUUCAGAAUUUCAUGGCCGAAGCUGCAGCCCCAAUGCAGAGCCAGACGGGUGGGCCGACUGACCAAGGCUAUAACUCUUAUGCCGCUCAUGGUUCUGUGUAUGCAUCUCCACCUUCCAAUGCUGGUCAUGCAGGGCAAGCUGGAGGGUAUGGCUCGGUCUAUGGUGCCAACUAUGGUUAUUAAGGGGUAGUUCUAUUCCAUCUCAGAGUUAUUAAGACCACCCUAUAUGUGUCAUUAAUUUCCAAUUUGGUUUGAUGAAAAAAGAUUUAGCACUUUUUGUAACAUUGUACUAAGCGUAUCAGAUUCAUUCAGACCGAUAUUAAGGCUAAUUGCAUGUAUUAGGGUUAACCAUAAGAUCAAGCAAUUUAAUAUUUUAGAUUUUUCAUUGACAAUCAGUUUCUGAGGUA